AUGUCUUUGAACGAACCCAGCGACAAGGUCACCGGCCGUCUCCACCACAGUGUGAGCAGCAGUAGCAGUAGCAGCAGCAGCAGCCCCGACCAGGCAGCGUGCGCUAGGCAGCUUGCUAACAGCUUCACACAUGGCAAAGUGGGCUUUGUCGUCCGAAUGCAAGCGAUACAACACAGCAUGUAUGGGUCCGGCAUUUCAACAGACGACUGGGACGUCAAUGGCAGCGCUCAUUUUUCGACAAGGAAUUGCAACGCACACAGUAGCAGCACAGUGCCAAUUGCAGACAACGAUGAGCUGACGCGGUUACUGGAAGGGUUCUGCAAGGGACUCGAGGAUAGAGACGUGGGCGCAGCCAUACAGGCGUAUAAAAGUAUCCGAGGCAUACUGGCAGCACCGCACGACACCACAUGCUCUGAGGACAAGCGGAUGCGGCGGCGGCGAGCCAAACUGGGCGACUGGGAUAGUUGCUUUUCGGAUCUGCGUGCGUUCCACAUACUUUUACGGCAGCAGGAAUCCAAUACCGCUUGCACGGCCGAUCAACGGACACAGAUUCAGGAGAUGAUUGUCGAUAUUAUUGAGGAUAUGCGGUGGCUGGGUCUGCGCGUCGGAGCAACAGAGACUGCCGCCCUAACCUACGCGUAUGGUUUCUUGGGUCGGUACACAGAUGCUGUUGGCGUGUGGCGUGAUAGCGUUGCACAAGUGUAUGGUAUUGGUGGAGAGGCGGGGGGUCGCGUGCGGCACUUGUUCUUGCAGACGCAUGUGUAUGGGCUGCGGGCGGCCGUAGCUUUAAGGAACACACAGGUUGUGCGUGAAGUAUACGAUGGAUCAAUACGGGGGAUGAGUAUGUCUCGGUCCGAGCUCGCUGAUCGUGCACAGCAGCGGAAUAAUAUCCUGGCCUUCUUCUGGUGUGUGUUUCCCGGCCACUCCGACCGAAAACGCCAGAGCCGUUCGCGCGAUUCUCCAGAACACAAAUCUACCGGUGUCAGCGACUCUGGUGCAGAUCGCGCGUGGGAUCCUGCCAGACUUGGAUCGCAGUUUUUCGAGCAACUUAAUUACGAUGUCCAGAAGUGGACCGAUGGGUCGGACCGAAAGUUGAACAGCCGGGUUGCCCAGUACUCCAUCAGAGCGCUAUUUGCCGAGGGACAUCGCCAGCGGGCCUUAAAAACCUACAUGGCGAUUGCACUUCCUCAAACUUAUGCUUUUAACAACAAUUCUGCGGAGACCGUUAUGGCACCAGAGAUAUUGUGCGAGGUUGUCGGCGGACUAUGCCGCCACUUCAUGGUUGACAAGGCGUUGGACGUGCUUAGGGGUGCUGAAGGCCAGUAUAGAGGCGUAUACGCGUGGAACACGUAUUUUGACGGUCUUGCGAACAGCUUAAGGUACAAGAGGACUUGCAACCAGACUGCCAACGCUGCCGAUCCGCUUGAGAGCCUGCGUCAGGCGAUUUUUCUGAUGGAGCAGCUUGACAGUAUCAAGCCCGACAUAGUGACAAUGUCAAUAUGGCUGCGGGCGCACUUUCGGCUGGGCAACUGGACAGGUGCCUAUGAGUGUUUUCGCGAGAACUACCGGAGCAUGUCCAAGGAUAUGGUUUGCUGGGAUAUUCUCAUUCGCGGGUUACUGGAAACUGAUAGCCGGGAGGCGCAUGCUUUGGGAUGGCAGGUGGUCGACGAACUGACGCGGCGACCUUUGCCAGGUGCGGACGCGCGUCUUGUGGAAACCAUACUUUUGCACGCGUUUCCGCGCUUCGGCAGACACACAGAUGCGGGCCCUGGCGGUUCUAAAGAUGCUGUGGUUGGCAGGGGUCUUAUGGAUCGAGUGCUGGGGUGGGUUGAAAGCAAUAUCUCAUUCGACCGUAAAACCACUUACGCCAUUAUCAUCGGCACAUUGCUGAGGACUGGUCAAAUAGACGGUGCCUUGGAGAUGCACCAGACCAUGUGUGAGCGGAAUUUCUGGCCGACUAAAUCCAUCAACUGUAUGGUUGUACAGGCCCUGGCUCUACACAAAUCUCACCAGCACGGUGGUGCGCAAUUGACCAAUGCGGUUGCUAAAAUUAUGCACGAGUUUAUAGAAACUAGGGUGCCGAAAUGGCAUAUUCCUGCGGUGCACUUGCCGUUGAUUAAAAGUGCCGUGUCGGAGAGGCGGUAUGGCGAUAUGUGGGGGAUAAUUGGCAAACACUAUCCUGUGGUUGCAGGAUUGCCGUUUCCAGACGCUAAUAUUUAUCGCGCGGCUUUGGAGGCUACUAGGAUGCACUGCGACUGGAUGCAGCAUAGGCUUGUGCUCGACAAGCUGCAUAACCACUUGGGACUUAUCAGGGGCGAUGGCAGCGACAGUAGCGCUGGUGUCGAUGGGAUUCGGCAGCGGGAUUACAAAAGAAUGGCAGACGUGUAUUGUCACUACAAGAACCAACACCAAUAG